AUGAAUAUGAAAAAUACAAGUGAAACGACGACGAAUGAAACAAUAGAAUUUAUACGUAUCUAUAUUAUUUGCCGUUGGUUUUAUUUAAUUGUUUUUGGUAUUGGCAUUACUGGAAAUAUAUUGAAUAUAGUAGUUUUUCUUCGAAAAAAGUUUCGUUCAAAUUCAUGUUCAAUUUAUUUUAUAGCUUAUUCAAUCAAUAAUUUUAUGAAUCUUACUUUUGGCUUAUUUGUCUGGUCAUUAACUCUUGGUUUUGGUUUUGAUUUAGAAUAUACAGUUUUGACCUAUUGCAAAAUUCGUCGUUAUCUUACGCACGUUAACUAUCUUGUAUCAUCAUGUUUGUUAACUAUGGCAUCAAUUAAUCGUUACGCACGUGUACGUCAAGCACAAUUAACAAAAAAUCUUCACCGUUAUAUAUUUUUAUGUGAAAGUCAAACAACAUAUAUUAUUAUUAUUUCUACCGUUGUCUUUUGUUUAAUUGUUAACGUACAUAUUCCAAUAUUUUUUGAAAUAAAUCAAAAUGAAUGUUAUGCACGAAUUGGUGUCUACAGAAUUUUAUUUGAUGUUUACUUCUUGUUAUUUUAUGCCGUACUGCCUCCAUUAAUUAUGGUUAUUGUUAAUAUUGCAACUGUAAGACAUAUAAGAUGCAUUAAAAAAUUAGUUAAUCCAUGCGUAUCUCGUCGUGAAUAUCAUUUUAUCGUUCUUGUUAUUGCACAUAGCUUGUCAAAUAUUAUUUUCACACUACCAUAUACAAUUAAUAAAUUUGUUUAUUACACAUUUGAAGAUUUAAAACCGACUGAAAAAGAGAAGCUUAUUGGUGCGGUAACACUAUUAAUUGCAUUUAUGAAUCCUGGAUUUUCAUUUUUUUUGUAUACAUUAACAACAAGAUCUUUUCGACACGAAUUUAUUCAAGCUUGUAAAGAUAUAUUUAUUCGAAAAGAUUCUAAUUCAUUGAUAAAUAAAGUAAAUGAUACAAUUGGCGCACGUUCGUCUUUACCAAUGAAUUGUAUUACAAGAGGAAGAUUGACGUUCUAG